AUCGCUACCCUUUACUAUAAAUUGACGAUUUGUUUGGUCAAAUUCAAAGGAACCUACUUAUUAGAAGCUAUGGAUAGCUCAAUCUUGUUGAAUGAGGUGACACAUUGUUAUGACACAAUUAGUGACUUAAAAAUCGAUGUAUUUUGAUAGAAUAAAUAUCCGUUGUCAACUCGUCUAUUCAAGUCAAAAAAAUCCUAACGAAGGAAUUUCUGUUAUUGUAGAAUGAGUCAAGAAACUGCUCACAAUCAAAGUAACCAAGUGCCAAGCGAUGGGCACGAAAAUGUUCAUACUGAAGCAUCCAGUUUCACACCUCCUAUUCAAACUGAAAAAGUGAACUCACAACAUAUUCCCCAAAAUGAUCAAAAUGUCGGAGGUCAACCUGACACUAUGCUACCUACCUUAAUGGUAAACUUCUUGCAACAAAUGACCAAUGCCCCUAUAUUUCAACCACCUCCACCACCACUUCGUUUGAUCACUUUCAAAACCUUGAAAGAUAAUGGUGCUGAGGAGUUCUUGGGAGAUCGAAUUGCCGAACCCCAGAUCGCUCUUGAAUGGAUCGAGCAGACCGCUCGUGUACUGCAAAAUCUGAACAUACCUCUUUCUGAUCAUCCAAAAUUUGCAACUCAAUUGCUCCGCAAGGAAGCCUAUGAAUGGUGGAAACGCACUAACGAAAAUCCAAACACACCCAAACCGUGGACAUGGGAAUUCUUUGACUAUGCGUUCAAGAAGGAAUAUAUACCAGCUCGAUUCCGUGAAGAGAAGCGUGCUGAAUUUAUCGAAUUAAAGCAAGGAGAUAUGACACUCCCUGAAUACCGACAAAGAUUUGUCCAUCUCGCUCAAUUUGCACCCACACUGGUGAGCAUAGCGGCUGACCGCAUUGAGGAGUUUCGCAAAAGACUUCGACCUGAUCUCAGGCCGCACGUAUCUACUAUUCAAACUAUUGAUUUCAUUGAGGCAUACGACCUAAUCUCUAAAGCCGACAAAGAUCUAAGUGAUUAUUAUGAAAGUUUGAAGAUUGAAGUUGUCAAUGUAAAUGAACAACCCAAUACAAGUGGGAAGAGACCUCUGCAAGAAAUUGAUAGUGCCCUACACUCAAAAAGGGGAAAAUAAAUGACAAUUCAAUCGACGUCAUCCAUGAACAAAAUGAGAGUAUGGAAACAUCCAAAGUGUAACGUUUGUAAAAGACACCAUCCAGGAGAUUGCUGGCGUGCGCAAGGAUUAUGUCUAAAUUGUGGUAAACCUGGACAUUUCCAACGAGAAUUUUCCUCUAACCUUAAAUCCUAUUCAGUUACUUAUGUCCAAAAUCAACUUAUUUGCUCAGG